AUGCCCAAAAGAUCUCUUGAUGCCGCGAACAUGGCCGGCCCAAUCAAGCCUGCCCCAACCCGAAAGACUGAGCGAUCCCAUGAAGAGAAUCAAGAGCGAGCAUAUAUUGCAGCCUCAAGGCGAGCAGACCGAAGCCUUGAAGCCCGUGUUCAGUCGGCUAGGAUGGCCAGCGAAAUCCAUAAGAAACGAACUGGGAAAGCUUUCCGAAUCACUGAGGAAAUUGUUAUGAAGGAGGAGAUGUAUGAGGAAGAGGACGAUGAAUUCCCUCGAUCAUACCGGAUUCUCAAACAGAGCAUGCAAACGGACAACCCUGCCUUCAAUGCUAGAGUGGACGCAUAUCUCACGAAUCGUGUGGCCAUGUCAAAAAUAAUCUCGGCCACUGAGACUGAUUGGCGCAACAACGAAAUCAAUAUGGAAUUUGCGAGAAUGUUCCCUCAAGCUCAGCAACAAGCCCAAUCUCUUUCCCACAGAUACUCCGCACCAGGUUACUCGGUACUUCACGCACGAAACAGCACCGUCUCGACCCCCAUGGAGCAGCAUUUUGACCCAAACUUCCAGCCUAUCAACUAUGGACAACAGUGUAACAAUAGACAUGGCGACCGAAGCCUUUCCAUGUCAGGCCUCUCUCCUUCUGAGUCGAGAAACGAUACAGCCAUGUCGCCACCAGCUCUCACACCAGGUUCCGGGUCGAAUUCCGAGACGCCCCAACCUUGUUGUACAUCAUCUUUUGCAAACGUCCAGCCGCCUCCCAUGAUGGAAUAUAAUCCCGACAGCUCAGCUUUCACGGCAGAGCUACCGGCUGAGGCCAAGCUGUUGAUGGGUGCGGGUAUAAACGAUACUUUCGGCUCUGCUCUUUAUAGUGAGCCUCACAACUGGGCGGGUCCCCAAUCUUAUGAUUACAGUGGCGAUUCCAAGUAUUAUAAGGAAGAGGACACUGAACUUGGCGUCGCUGGUGAGAGUUAUCCUGAGAUAUCGGAUCCGCUAAACUGGGAUAGCCUCGACACACCCACCAAGCCCUACGGCGACCAAGAACCUGCCUGGGACUGUUUUCUCCACGAUAAUUGGGGCAACGAGCAGCAGCAGCAAUAA